ACAGUUUCAGUCCAGUAGACGGUCUGAGAGGAGGUGCAACAACACAAGUCCCGGACAACCGACAGCAGGAGCUGAUCAUCCGGUGAAUCUCGGCUGCCCCGACUCCCGUCUCCUCCUCGAUCGUCCUCUUAUCCAUCCGUCCAAAAUGCGCGAAAUUGUGCAUUUGCAGGCCGGCCAGUGCGGAAACCAGAUCGGAGCCAAGUUCUGGGAGGUGAUCAGUGAUGAGCAUGGCAUCGAUCCCACUGGUACCUACCACGGAGACAGUGAUCUGCAGCUAGACAGGAUCAGCGUCUACUACAAUGAGGCCUCGGGUGGAAAGUACGUGCCAAGAGCCAUCCUGGUGGAUCUGGAGCCUGGUACGAUGGAUUCAGUCAGGUCUGGGCCUUUCGGGCAGAUCUUCAGACCAGACAACUUUGUCUUUGGCCAGAGUGGAGCUGGAAACAACUGGGCCAAGGGUCACUACACUGAGGGAGCUGAGCUGGUGGACUCUGUCCUGGAUGUAGUGAGGAAAGAGGCCGAGAGCUGCGAUUGUCUCCAGGGCUUCCAGCUCACUCACUCCCUGGGUGGUGGUACUGGCUCUGGCAUGGGCACCCUGCUCAUCAGCAAGAUUCGCGAGGAGUACCCAGAUCGCAUCAUGAACACCUUCAGUGUUGUGCCCUCCCCCAAAGUGUCUGACACUGUGGUGGAGCCGUACAAUGCCACCCUCUCUGUCCACCAGCUCGUAGAGAACACUGACGAAACCUACUGCAUUGACAAUGAAGCUCUCUAUGAUAUCUGCUUCCGCACACUUAAACUCACCACCCCCACAUAUGGAGAUCUCAAUCAUUUGGUGUCCGCCACCAUGAGCGGGGUGACUACCUGUCUGCGUUUCCCCGGUCAGCUCAAUGCCGAUCUCCGUAAAUUAGCGGUAAACAUGGUGCCCUUCCCUCGUCUGCACUUCUUCAUGCCAGGGUUCGCCCCCCUCACCAGCAGGGGCAGCCAGCAGUAUCGUUCACUCUCCGUGCCCGAGCUCACCCAGCAGAUGUUUGAUGCCAAGAACAUGAUGGCUGCCUGCGACCCACGCCACGGCCGCUACCUGACCGUGGCCGCCGUCUUCAGGGGACGCAUGUCCAUGAAGGAGGUGGAUGAGCAGAUGUUGAACGUGCAGAACAAGAACAGCAGCUACUUCGUUGAGUGGAUCCCCAACAAUGUGAAGACUGCCGUCUGUGACAUUCCACCACGUGGCCUCAAAAUGGCUGCCACCUUCAUUGGCAACAGCACGGCCAUCCAGGAGCUGUUCAAGCGCAUCUCCGAGCAGUUCACUGCCAUGUUUCGCCGCAAGGCCUUCCUCCACUGGUAUACAGGUGAGGGUAUGGAUGAAAUGGAGUUCACCGAGGCAGAGAGCAACAUGAACGACCUGGUGUCUGAGUACCAGCAGUACCAGGACGCCACCGCUGAGGAGGGCGAGUUUGAGGAAGAGGGAGAGGAGGAAGUCGCAUAAAACCUUAAGCACCCCUAGCUGCCAAAACACCAUUUCUCCUCCCUAGCCCCACCCCUUUCAUUUGUCUCCAUCAUGAAUUAAAUGGUCUGCUACACUGAAUUACUGUCACCAUCUAGACCACUGCUGCGCUGGUGUUAGACUUCAAUGUUAACUGGUACUAGUAAAAGUUUUGGUUGAAAUGUGUUUUGUUUGUAAAUGUGCUAAAAUAUUGACAUCCUGUCAUCGGUCCCAUCAUCACCUUGCUCAGCCCAAAGGCAAGUGAUUUUAACUGUGAAGCCUUGAAGCUAGUCUUAAAUGAUUAAAGUCUAAUUUAAAGGCC